CGAAAGAGGAGAUUUUUUUAGUAAGCUACCUGGUAAGUGAAUGCAUACGUAGUACAAAGCGAGUUAUAAGAAGCCGCAGUCUUGAGGGAGUUUGGAAUUUCCUAACCUCUGACAUCUUCACAAAACGACAUUUGUUGUCGAAUGAGCACUUGAAGUUCCUAGUAACAGAUCUUAGCUGAUUUGUCCAGCUGAGGAAGAAGCCUGAGAAGGCUAGAUCUGCAAAUAGAUUUGCCACUGUUUGGCUGCAACCUUUUGUGUUCUUUCGACGAUUGCUUCCAUCUGGACUACAAAAUUACCAAUUAAAACAAUCUGAUAUUGAGACAUUGCAGUCAUGGAUAACAUGACCAGAUUGUACCGUAUAAGGAAAACAUGCCUCGAAAUGCUUCACGAUCGAGGAUACCUCAUAGCCCAGGACGACCGGCAAAUGACAAAGGAGGGCUUUAAGGACCGUUUCGGGGACGAUCCACGGAAGGAUGACUUGACUGUCCUUGCACCAAAGCAGGAUGAUCCCACAGAGCAGAUCUUUGUGUUCUACCCCGAAGAGGACAAGGUGGGCGUGAAGACAAUCAAGACGUUUGCAGAGAGGAUGCGCAAUGAAGGCGUGUCCAGAGCCAUCAUGGUCACCAUGGCCAGCAUGACACCCUUUGCGAAGCAGUGCUUGGCAGAAAUGGCUCCCAAGUACUACAUCGAAGUGUUCAAUGCCGCAGAGCUGCUAAUAAAUAUCACGCAGCACGUGCUGGUGCCUGAGCACCAUCUGUUGACACCUGAGGAGAAGCGCACGCUGCUGGACAGAUACAAGGUGAAGGACACGCAGCUGCCCAGGAUACAAUUCCACGACCCUGUUGCGAGGUAUUAUGGCAUGCAGCGCGGCCACGUUGUGCGGAUUGUGAGGCCUUCAGAGACUGCUGGCCGUUAUGUGACCUACAGGCUAUGUGUCUGAGCCUGCGACUCUGUGUGGAAUUGCUUGUUAGUGCACCUUUGGUCUUGCUGUAUUUCAGUCUGUAUAGCAGUCGGGUGCAAGUGGGUCUGCAAGUGGGUCAUGCAGGUGCUGUGUGAGGGAGGGACAGCGUUGUGAAAUGGAUAAACAGCUGCACAGCUGUAGUCAAACUGUCAUGCUGCCCAUGCAGCAUAUUGUGCAACCAUCCACUGCCAGUGGAAAUUGCUUGGCAAUGAAAUGAUGUUUUAUUGGAUUUAGGAAAUUAGAGAUCAUCAAGCCUUCACUGUGAUCUGAGACAGUCAUAUCACCAUCCUUCUCAAGGCUUCUGGCCUGGCCCUAAGCCUUCUUGGCAUUGUGACACAUGGUGGACACAGACAGUUGGUGUCCAAAUCUGGAAGCGAUUGCCUCCUGAGAUGCCAGAGUUUCUUGUCGAUCUUCAUUUCGAGCACCUGAUCGUGGGAAGUAAGGUCGUUCACUUCGCCAUCGAUGUAAAUGCGUCCUGCUGAUGGCGCACUAUUUUGUUGAAAAUCCGUGAAAAACUGUGACGCUAUUAUGCUUGUGCAAGACGUCGCAAUGAUUAAACACAAGUUUCUUGUGC